AUGCUCCUCGAAAAUCGUCUUUUCCGCACAAUCGAGAAACUUUGGUUGACUUUUACAAUUCUCCCGGUUUAUCGAUUGGGGUUUUCUUCUUUGAGCAGUCGUGAAAUUUUCUUUGAUUUGAUGGCUGUCAUGGAGGAUGUAGGGAUUGAUGCCAGCUCGGACAUUGAUGUGGAUGACUUGAGAGUCGACCCAAACAUAGACGAAAAGGAUGUUAGCGAUGAAGAAAUUGACCCAGACGAGCUUGAAAAGCGUAUGUGGAAGGAUAGCAUCAAACUCAAACGGAUCAAAGAACGGCAAAAGCUCGCAUUACAGCAAAAGCAGAAAAGCAAUUCCACCUCAGACCAAGCCAGGCGGAAGAAGAUGGCCCGAGCCCAAGACGGCAUCCUCAAGUACAUGCUUAAGCUCAUGGAGGUCUGCAAGGCCCGUGGGUUUGUCUACGGCAUCAUCCCUGAGAAGGGAAAGCCCGUAAGCGGCUCAUCUGACAACAUUCGGGCCUGGUGGAAGGAGAAAGUGAAAUUCGACAAAAAUGGGCCUGCGGCCAUCACUAAGUACGAAGAGGCUGAGUACUGCUUGAUCGAGAACGGGCUUGGGGCCCAAGGUGGAAGCCCGCAAAGCGUGCUGCAGGACUUGCAGGAUGCAACAUUGGGUUCUCUUCUUUCUUCAUUGAUGCAGCACUGUAACCCACCUCAACGUAAGUAUCCGCUUGAAAAGGGUGUGGGCCCACCCUGGUGGCCCAAUGGGAACGAGGAAUGGUGGGCCAAAUUGGGCCUGCCCAAGGGACAGAGUCCUCCGUACAAGAAGCCACAUGAUCUGAAGAAGAUGUGGAAAGUCGGGGUUUUGACCGCUGUUAUAAAACAUAUGUCGCCUGAUAUAGCGAAAAUAAGGAGAUUAGUUAGGCAGUCGAAGUGUUUGCAGGACAAGAUGACGGCUAAGGAGACGUCUAUAUGGUUAGGUGUUCUGAGCAGGGAGGAGGCUCUUUUUCGACAGCCGAGCAGCGAAAAUGGCUCGUCUGGGGUUAGCGAGUUGCCUUUGAAAAAACGAGAUAAGAAGAAAAUAUGUGCUGAUAGCGAUAGCAGCGAUUAUGAUGUUGAUGGGUUGGGAGACGGGCUCAGGUCCGUUUCGUCUAAAGAUGAUAGGAAGAAUAAGUGUGUUGAUAUUGUACCAGUGGAGCCUGCCAUUGAUGUUACUCGUCAGCUUGUCGAAAAAGACAAAGGAGGAGAGCAUUCAAUCGAGCGGCCUCGAAAAAGAAAGUGCUUGAAGCCGAGCUCCAAUAACCUACCGCCUUUACCGUCUCCUGUGGAAGAUCAACAAAAUGAUCCUACACAAACUGUCGUGAGUGAAAACCAAAAUGACAUGCAAUUGGCGGAACAUUUGACAAACGAGAGCCAAAUAAUGGAGAUAAGGUCCCAGGGAAACAAUGCUCAGAGCCAACCGUGCUUAGUUGAACCUGAUCUUAACUUUUUUCGCUCACCUAGUCCGAUAAUCCCAUUUGACAAUAUUUCCCUCAAUAAUGAACCAUUAAAUUACCCGGCAGUUCAAUCUGUUGUCAAAUCGUCUAGUUCUCAAAUUCCUGUAUUGCAUCAUCAACUUCAAGAUCAUGUUUUGGCUAAUGGGCCUCCAAACUCUGUAUGGCCACAAGGACCUCAAGAUUCUACUUUAUCUCAUGGUCAAAAUACCGGGCUGCAAAGUGGAUCACCGUAUCCCUAUGACUUUUACAGUCCGCCGGCUGCAGGUGGGCUGGGCCAUCAAGGACAACAGUCAGGAGCCAUGUUCAAUGAAGUGCAGUUUGAACCACUGGAUUUGGGAUUUCAGUCACCUGUGUUAUCAGUAAAUGGAAAUGAUAUUCCUGUGGGAAAUCAUUUCCCGCAUCAGGUGCAAGAAGGGUUCCCACAUGAGCCGGAUAGACUGGUCAAGACUGAGUUGCCAGGAAAGAGUCUUUCAUUUGAUGGCACAAGCUCGUUGGAUUUUGGGGACUUUGAUUUUAUGUUGAAUGAUAACUCAAUCGAUGCGCUUAUGGAGUACUUUGCCUCAUGAGCUGCUUAAUGUUUGCUGCUUCAUUUUUUGCAUUGGACAGGGAAAAGAGGUAUGUCUGAAGGAGGACGAUUCAUUUAUUGUCAUCUGAAUGCUUUGACCAGUUUUGCUUAUUUAUGGAUUUUUUCAUGUGGGCCUGUGGGCAACCGAGCUUUCGUUUGUUGGUCGGUAAUACAUUUUUUUUUUUUUUUUUUU